CCCCGGCGUCAUGGAGCGGCUGCGAGUUGUGCGGGGCCAGCUGCAGGCGUGGGAGCGGGAGUUCGCGCGACUUCACGGGCGACGGCCUUGCCAGGAGGAUAUAGAGGCGGCGCCCGAUGAGACGCGAGACCUCUACAGGGAGUACCGUACUUUGAAACAAGUUGUGCGUCGGGCCUGCGGCGCGCCCCCCGGCUCCGAACAACCACUUCCCACGGUGGCCCAGGAGGCACAGGAAACCAGCUGCUGGGGACCCCACCUGAAUCGAGCUACAACCCAGAGUCCACAACCCACUGUUGGGCAGAGCCGGCGGGCAUCUGUUCAGGACUAUGGGAAGAGGCUCAAGGCCAAUCUGAAGGACACCACUCUACAGAUUGGGCCAGCCCUGGGCAGAAGACUCCAGUCUUCACAAAGGCCCUUAUCCAAGAUGCCUACCCCAAGGCCACCAGAUUCAAAGCCUGCCUCCACUUAUCCAGAUGAAAUUGGUGAUGUAUUUCUCCAGCCUUCUGAACCCCACCCAACGCCAGGGCGGCUCCAGCAGCUCCGGGCAUCCCUACGCCUUGGUCUUGCCUCUCUAGACCCUGACUGGCUGCAGCGGUGUCAGAACACAACCUCUGAUUUUCUGGAGGCCCCCAGUACCUGCUGGCCUGGCCUCGGUGCAGAGGAAUCACCGUCCAUGGCCACAAGUGAUUUGGCCAUUCUUGGACCUGACACUCAGGAGGAGGCAUCUACCCAGGGUCCAGAGGCUUCUGCCCCACCAGCAACUGGCAUUGCUUUGGAGAGCCCCCAGCUCAGCAACAGUAAAAAGAAAAAGUGGAAGUGGAGUAAGGAGAACCAGGGGGAGCCUGCACAGGUCCAUUGGGACAGCAGUCACACAGGACCUGAGGGAGCUAAGGCCUUAGCACUUGAGGAAAACUUUCCAGAAGAACCGGUACAAGUGAAACCACCUCAGCCAUGCAGCAGCUCAGGUGAAAGGAGGGCCAAGAAGGCUAAGGUCACGGCCCAGGUGCACAUGUCCCCUCGACCAGCUGUCCUUGACAGGGGUAAUUACGUUCGUCUCAACAUGAAGCAAAAGUGCUAUGUGCGCGGUAGGGCCCUUAGAGGCAGGCUCCUUCGAAAGCAGGCACGGAAGCAGAAGUGGCAGAAAAAGGGGCAGCGUCUUGGGGGUUGUAGACUUAGAGCCCCAGUUGAGGAUUCUUGUUUCCAGUGUGGGGAGUCUGGCCACUGGGCAUCCCGCUGUCCCCAGCCAGGUCCACGACUCAUCCAAAAGGAGGGGACCAAGGACAAGGAUGAUCAACAGUCUUUUUCUGGUUUGGACAAAGCCGUUCAGCUGACAGGGACCACCGACUUCCAGCUCCCUGGUGAGGACAUAGAACCUACUAAACCCAAGCUUCAGGCACCCCCCAGCCCCCACCCAGUGCAGCCCCUCUACCCACCAGGGCCCUUGGGACAGGUGGCAGAGACACCUCUUGAGGUAUUCCAGGCCCUUAAACAGCUAGGGCACCAAGCCUUCCGCCCUGGGCAGGAACAAGCAGUCAUGCGGAUCCUGUCUGGCAUCUCCACACUGCUGGUGCUGCCCACAGGUGCCGGCAAGUCCCUGUGUUACCAGAUUCCUGCACUGCUGUAUGCCCAGCGCAGUCCCUGCCUCACGCUGGUGGUCUCUCCUCUCCUGUCACUCAUGGACAACCAGGUGUCCAGCCUGCCCCCCUGUCUGAAGGCAGCCUGCCUCCACUCAGGAAUGACCAGGAAGCAGCAGGAGUCUGUCUUGCAGAAGGUGCAGGCAGCCCAGGUGCAUGUGCUACUGUUGUCACCAGAGGCCCUGGUUGGGGUUGGGACCAGAAGCUCUGGCAGUCUUCCCCCAGCUGCCCAGCUACCCCCGGUGGCCUUUGCCUGCAUUGAUGAGGCCCACUGCCUCUCUCAGUGGUCACACAACUUCCGGCCCUGCUACUUUCGUAUUUGCAAAGUGCUUCGGGAACACAUGGGUGUGCGCUGCUUCCUGGGUCUCACAGCCACAGCUACACGCAGCACCACCCGUGAUGUGGCCCAGCACCUGGGUAUCACUGAAGACCUUGACCUUGUCAGGUCAACCACCAUCCCCGCCAACCUGCAUCUCUCUGUAUCCAUGGACAGAGACCCGGAACAGGCUCUGGUGAUGCUGCUACAGAGUGGUCGUUUUCAUACCCUGGACUCUGUCAUUGUGUACUGCAACAGACGUGAGACCACGGAGAGGGUGGCUGCCCUCCUGAGGACAUGCCUGUGUGUGGAGAGAGGCCCAGGUCCUAAAGGCCCGGCCCCCGAAGCUGUGGCCGAAGCAUACCAUGCUGGCAUGUGUAGCCGGGAGCGACAGCGAGUGCAGCGGGCUUUCAUGCAGGGUCGUCUGCGGGUGGUGGUGGCCACUGUGGCCUUCGGGAUGGGGCUGGACCGGCCUGACGUGCGGGCUGUACUACACCUGGGACUGCCCCCAAGCUUGGAGAGCUACGUGCAGGCAAUAGGGCGUGCCGGGCGUGAUGGGCAGCCUGCCCACUGCCACUUGUUUCUGCAUCCCCAGGGUGAAGAUCUCCAGGAGCUGCGCAGACAUGUGCAUGCUGCUAGCACCGACUUCCUGGCUGUGAAGAAGCUGGUGCAGCGGGUAUUCCCACCCUGCACCUGCACAUGGCUGCCCCCAGAGCAGGGCGAGGGCAGUAUCGGCGUGAAGCCUACCGCUGAGUCCUCACUUCGGGAGGCCAAGCCCAGUGGCCAACAAGCAGCUCCUGUGCCAGGACCAGCAUGCCCAGGCCAUGAGCGGGCACUCCCCAUGCAGCCAAUAGUAGAGGUCUUGGACAUGCCAGAGGAGGCCAUUGAGACUCUGCUGUGUUACCUGGAGCUGCACCCACGGCACUGGCUGGAACUGCUGCCAGCUGUCUACGCCCGUUGCCAUCUGCAUUGCCCUGGGGGCCGCACCCAGCUUCAGGCCCUGGCCCACAAGUGUCCCCUUGUAGCUGCGUGCUGGGCCAGGUGGCCACCUGAAGACACGAGUGAGGACAGUAGCUCCCUGGACUUCGAUGUGGUGGAGCUUGUGGACUCAAUGGGCUGGGAGCUGGCCUCUGUGAAGCGGGCUCUCCAUCGGCUGGAGUGGGACCAAGUGCCAAGGACAGAUAGAGUGCAGGGCCCCAGAGUGAGUGUGGAGUUCAGGGAGUUGGCCUUCCACCUGCGGAGCCCCGGGGACCUGACAGCAGAGGAAAAGGACCACCUGUGCGACUUUCUGUAUAACUGCGUGCAGGCCCGUGAGCGCAGGGCCCUGGCCCAUCUGCGCCGGAUCUCUGAGACCUUUCGCAGUGUGGCCUUGCCCAGUUGUGGGUCCUGCCUGGAGCAGCCUAACAAGGAGUGCAGUGCUCGACUAAAGGCCCUCCUCAGCCACUACUUUGAGGAAGAGGAAGCGGAGAGUGUGGAAGAAGAGCAAGGCUCAGAGCCUGGGCAGGCCCAGCUCCAGGACUGGGAAGACCAGAUCCGCCGUGACACCCGUCAGCUCCUGUCCCUGUGGCCAGAGCAGAGAUUCUCGGGUCGGGCCGUGGCCCGCAUCUUCCACGGCAUUGGAAGCCCCUGCUAUCCAGCCCAGGUUUAUGGGCGGGACCGACGCUUCUGGAGAAAGUACCUGCACGUGAGCUUCCAUGCUGUGAUGCGCUUAGCCACAGAGGAGCUUCUGGUGAGGGGCAGAUGACCACCCUGCACAGGAGGGCAUUGUCCCACAGAGACAUAGGUGCUGGGACCUGUGGCCAGCCACUACAUGGAGGUGUCGGGUGUAUUACUCAUCAGAACAACAGUGGCCCUCAACAGCCAGGAUAGUAACCACUAGGCAAAACAAACCAGCAUUAGUGAGACGAGGAGGCUCCAAAAUGCA